CCGCGAUACUGUUAUUUUAUUUUAUUUUAUUAUUUUUUUAUUGAUAAUAUCGCUAUGGUUUGAAAGAUCCUUACCGCAAAGGUAUUGGACUACUUUAAUUAUUAUUAUUGUUAUUAUUAUUAUUAUUAUUAUUAUUAUUAUUAUUAUCAUUAUUAUUAUUAUUAUUAUUAUUAUUAUUAUUUUCUGAGAUUUUUUUUUUAUGUACAUUAUUACUAUUAUUUCUAUUUAGACAUUGAACGUUAUUUUGCAUCGCGGCGUCGUUUCAUUAUUAUUAUUAUUAUUAUUAUUAUUAUUAUUAUUAUUAUUAUUAUUGUUGUUGUUGUUGUUGGUAUUCCCGUCAUCAUUAUUACUUACUGAUUACUUUUUUAAGAACAUUUUAUUUAUUUAUUUUUUUGAAUUUUGUACGUUAAUUUUAACCACGGCGUCACUUGGUCGACGACGCCUGGACGCGAAGGGUGUGCGCUGCCCCCAGCAGCCAGUUUUUCGCAUAAAACCACCACGCGCUGCAGCAGACAGCCCCUCAUUAUCCCCAACGUGUCAUUUAUGCUGGAGAAAUAUAACAACGAAGUAUGAUUGAUUUAUAUGCAUGAUUUAAACUUGUAAAAGGUAAAGAAAAAAAAACUUGCCCCACCCCUCCCCGCUUCGCCCAGUCCCGCCCCGCCAUGGCUGACCACACCAGCUCAGAGGUCCUCUGUUAGGGAACGCACGAGUAACGCUAGAGAGUUGCUGUACUUGCAAAAAUGGCCAGGUAUACGAGUAAUUGUUGUCCUGUUGAAGUAAUUCGCCAAGUUCCCGCCUCUGUCAUGACCAUUCUGAGCGUGUUGCUGGUCCUCAUCCCUGCCUUCACCGGAUACCAGUUCUGGAAUUAUACAAGGUGUACAGAGGCGUGUCAGUAUGGACAUGGAUUCAUUCUGGACCAGUGCUGCUACGUCCCUGUGUUCAUGAAUAUGACGUGGGCUGAAGCCAGGAAGUACUGCAAGAGAAUGGGCGGCCCCACGGCUGACCUGGCCUGCCCUCUCAGCAACUACGCUCUUAGAUACGAAUUAGACAGAGUGAAUUUACCCCUUGGUCACCGCAUGUGGGUCGGCAUCUCCACCAACAUCUACUGUGUGACUCGCUUCGUGACUGGCAUGAAGAUCAGCUGCAUGCACCACAUGUGUCCGCCAGAUAAAGGGAAAAAUUGUAGCUACACACUGAAAACAAACGUGGGUUAUUAUCCUUAUGGCUACCGGACCACCAGCUGUAAUGAUGAGAAUUACUUCGUAUGUGAAAUGCCUAUUGAGUGACUGUGUGGUGUGGUGGUGUGGUGUGGUGUGGUGUGGUGUGGCGUGGUGUGGUGUGGUGUGGUGUGGUGAGGUGUGGUGUGGUGAGGUGUGGUGUGGUGUGGUGUGGUGUGGUGUUCAUGUCAGUGCCUUGCGUACGAAGUGAACAACGCCAGACAUAUUCUUCUGGGUCAACUGCACCAGUACCUCAUCACUUUAAAUGAACACACUCAACCUUCUUAACCCUUUCACUGCUAGACAGGUGUUUCCCUUUAACUUGUGUACCCUUUUAUGCAUUACUUGUGUGCUAAACUCUCUUGCAAUAGUUCUGUGGCCUUAAAAGACAAAGUUAACCUUUUGUGCUCUCUUUUCUCUCUCCUGUGUGUCUGUGCAGUGUUUAUGGUGGUGUAAAGGUUAGCGAAGCAGUAGAAGCAGUAGAAAGGUUUAUGUGCAGCACUUCACUUCUCGCUGAUUAAUCCCAAUUCCUUUUAUAUCUUGUCGUUUUUAGCGAUUUUUACUGGAUUUUGACCCCAUCACAGUGUUAUCACCAUCACUAUUUAACCAACCAUUUUAGUGGCCUUCAUCCUCCUGUAGCGGCGCAAUCUGACUGUGACGUCCAGCGCCUUCCUUUUUUAUUUAUUUAUUUUCAUUUUUAUUAGUGAGUCAAUUAAUCCAUC